GCGAGCUGUUGCCAUAACUCACACGUUCAUUAAGGCUGUUUACUGGAUUUUAUGGUUAAAUGUUUAUCUCGGCUCAUUUUUAGGUGUUUUUGCGGAGUGUUUUUACAGUAGACUGUUUAUGUAGUGGGGCUGUCUAUUGAGAAUAGUUUUUUUUUUCUUCUUCUAGAGAAAAUACUUGUGAGAGUUUGGGUCGUCCUGCAUGAUCCACACUGCUCUGUCAGUCCUCGCUGCGGGAUCGUUGGCUUGUAAAUAGAAUGCGCAUGUAGCAGAGGGAUAGAAAAAAUAGUUUCCCCCCGAACAAGACAGCUUUCAAAGUUGACUAAAUGGCACAUGGGGAAUAGGAUUAUGAACCAGGGGUUGUGCAGUGUAUGAUCAGAUACAAAGACAGAAGCGUUAACUGAGGCAGUUGGCGAUUUCACUCUUUUUCUCUCAGUGCAUGUGUUAAACUCCGGAGUUCGCUCAGAAAUCGGUGUUUUCACUCGCGCUCGUUGUUUCUCUUCACGUUUUGGUUGUGUUGUCCUGUGCCAGAAGCUAUGUACAUUGUGUUUUCAGGGUAUAUGCAGGUAUUAAUCACAUCCUAUGCUUAGAGAUUGUUUCUGAUUUGGUUGUACAGUUGUUGAGCGUGUGUUUGCCAUAUGUUGUUUUUUUAUUUUUUUCAGUCACGCAUCAGAAACCCAUUAAUGUCAUCGCUGAUGUUGUCAUUAUUAUUAUUAUUUAUUUGAUCAGUGCGUGAAGUGUUACAUUUCAUAGUGCUUCAGCUAAAUCUGGCAGUGUUGGCAGUAGAGAUGCAACAGAAAAGUUUGUAUCGUUAUACGGUUGUUGUCAGUUGUAACGGCACGAGCGCAGCAGACCUGCACACGUUUCUCUGUAGUCUAGGUGUUUUAUUUUAAAUGUAUGUUUGGUUGUUUGUAUUUGGUUUAUCGUUUCGUUUUAAAAUAAGUUGUAAUGCUCCCGUCAGGAGUGCGUCAUAUUAGAAAGAAGUGUAUAUGCGUAUGGUUAAACAGACAUAAAAAAGAAAAGAAGAGAAUAUAGUGCUGCUUGGCAUUGAGCGAGUGGCUCAUAAUUCUCCGUCCGCUGUUUGCGUGUUGUGGAUCGGGCUCUAGUCCUGGAGUGAACACAUUUAAUGGCGUUCAGUCACAUGGGAUUAAAGUAUUAAAUACAAUUGAACGCUUAAUAAUAAGAUGGAAACCGAGAGCAAGAAUGCGAGACAAAUAAGAGCUCAACAGAAAGCGCGUGUGCAGUCCCAUAUGACACUUUUCUGUGUUCGUGAGAAGUUGACGUUGUUUAUACAGUCAUAGUGAUUUAAGAUGCUAAACGCCGGGGAAAUUGCCAAAUGUGACUUAAUACGCGAGUUGCAGGUGUUGUCGGUCUCGUUAUGGGUUGCUGAAGGUCAAAACGGUCUCUGGGUGACAUCUCGUGGACGCAAAACUUGAGAUUUCCUAAAGAAUUGCCGAAAUAAAACUGUUCAGAACAUGAAACCAGAGUGGCUACAAAAGUUAUUUGGGUCAGUUGAAAACAUUUUCAGAAGAGCUGGUUUAUUCAGGUGUUAUGGUGGUUUCUCUCACACUAUGUGUGUGUGUGUGUGUGUGUGUGUGUGUGAGAAAGAGAGAGAGAGAGUGAUUUUUAUUUGUUAGUCCAGUGAUUAAAAUCCCGAUCCCUUUCCUGGUCAUUUGCGUGUUUGCGUCCUCACACAAGUGCGUUACAAAAGGCUGAGGGGCUGAUUAAGCUGCUUUGGCAGCAUGACAGCUCGCGGUCGGGGAUAUUAAUGUUAUGUAGGCUCAAAUGGAAACAGAAUCGCGAAUACUGAAUGUUCAACAUGUGAGAAAUGUUCGCCUAACUAUUUAAAGGCGUCCAGUGAAACUUUAUGUGUCAAGGCGCCAGAUGUGACUGGGAAAACCGUCUGAGAUCUCGAAAAAAUGACUUGUGCAGCCGACAGCUGCAUCCAAUUCACGCGUCAUGCAAGUGAUGUUCUGCUCAACCUGAACCGAAUGCGUAGCAGAGAUAUCCUUACAGAUGUCACGAUUCUGGUCAACAGGCAACAGUUUCGAGCACACAAAACGGUCCUUAUGGCAUGCAGUGGGCUCUUCUACUCAAUCUUUACUGAUUCACACAAAUGUAACCUGAACGCCAUCAGUCUGGACCCUAAGGUCGACCCAGAGGGUUUUGCAAUCCUCCUGGAGUUCAUGUACACUUCACGUCUCGCACUGAAGGAGAGCCUCAUCAUGGCCAUCAUGAACACAGCCAUCUAUUUACAGAUGGACCACGUUGUUGACACCUGCCACAGAUUCAUAAAGUCCAGUGAUUCCUCCAUGAAACUUUCCAGAGAGGACUUUCUUGUCAGCCCCCUGCUUUUACCUCAAGACGUUCACAGCUACAGACCCCAUGAGGUGAUGGAAAACGUUCCUGGACGGUCAGCUACUUUCAGAGAUGGGAGACCCUAUGGUGUCUGCAUGUUUAACGGGGUCAGCGCUCCUAACAGCUCGUACCUUUACAGUCAGUUUCCCAUGCAAGGUUUUCCCUUUCCCCUUUGCAAGCUGACAGACCCCAAAAACACUUUCUCAGACUUCUCAAAGGGAGCCAUCAUCCAUCACAAACACUGCUCGCCGGCUGAUGGCAACAACCCCAUCCUGGCCGACUUCACCCGCAGCACCACCGGUGGGAUCUCAACCGCUUGCCAUGCCAGCUCACACUCUUCGAGAGAGCUGGGAAGAGAUGAGGAAAUGAAGCGGGAGACCUUGGAGGGAGGGGUCCAUUCGAUUGGGAUGAGCUCCAGAAAGCACGGCUUCAUCAGUGUGGCCCAGGAGCAGCAGAGGGAGACCGGGAAAGAGCAAAGUUCCCUGGCAGAGGAACAUUUGAGCCACCAACACUACUCCAUGGGCAUGUCCUCUAAUGGACGCAAGACCUUGAUGAGCAGCCCUCAGAGCCCCCUUAAAUCAGACUGCCAGCCCAAUUCCCCAACGGAAUCGAGCAGCAGCAAAAACGCUGCCCUUGCGCAUGUCUCGCAACCCCCAACCUCUCAAGGUACUCCAGACCCUAAAGCUCGUAACUGGAAGAAAUACAAAUUCAUUGUUCUCAAUCAGAGUUCCAAGGAGGAGGAGACCAGUCCUCAUGACCCUGGAAUGCACUCCCCGCAGAGGCCGGGCUUGUCUGCUUUUCUUCACCAUGUUGAUUCUGAACAUCCCGACUCGAAGGCGACGACGAAGGUCAGCGAGCAAGGCGAGGACUUCACAGUGCCUCAGGCCAGUCGCCUCAACAACAUCAUCAACAGCAGAACUCUAGAGGGAUCGCAGAGGAAAAGUGGCAGCCACUCUUCGCUCUGUAUGAGCCAUUUGAAAUGCUCGUCCUGUGGCUCCCAGUCUCCACAGCACUCUGACGUCUGUCCCAACACAUGCACCUCACGUCUGGCCGAGGAAAUGUCUGAGAUGCACUCCGAGUACUCUGAUUCCAGCUGUGAAAAUGGAACAUACUUUUGUAAUGAAUGCGACUCCAAGUUUGCAGAGGAGGAAGCCUUGAAACGCCACAUGCUUCAGGUCCACAGCGACAAGCCAUACAAAUGUGACCGUUGCCAAGCAGCAUUCCGCUACAAGGGAAACCUUGCCAGUCACAAAACAGUUCACACCGGAGAGAAACCGUAUAGAUGCAAUAUCUGCGGGGCUCAGUUCAACAGACCAGCUAACCUCAAAACCCACACACGAAUUCACUCAGGAGAAAAGCCAUACAAGUGUGAGACCUGCGGCGCUAGAUUUGUGCAGGUUGCUCACCUUCGAGCUCACGUUCUGAUUCAUACCGGAGAGAAGCCAUAUCCAUGCGAGAUCUGUGGCACUCGUUUCCGCCAUUUGCAGACACUGAAAAGUCACCUGCGAAUACACACGGGAGAAAAGCCCUAUCAUUGUGAGAAAUGCAACUUGCAUUUUCGCCACAAGAGUCAGCUGCGGUUACACCUGCGGCAAAAGCACGGCGCAGUCACCAACACCAAGAUCCAGUAUCGCAUGUCCUCGACAGACCUGCCAACCGACUUAAUGAAGGCAUGCUGAGCAGGCACUUAGUGGCAGACCUGACCAUGGCAUUAUACAACCUGACUUGUACAAUCAUUCAAAAUUUGUGUGCCACACUGUGUUAUUCGGACAAAAAAAAAAAAAAAAAAAACUGGCAAGGACUGCCAGUCUAAACGGGUUUCCUCUACAUUUGAAUAUAGAACCACAAUAUGGUCUCUUGUAGUCACUUUAUUGUUUAUAUUUACAUAUAUAUAUAUAUAUAUAUUAAUGUUGGAAGUGUUUUUACGUUUUGAAUUAUAUAUACAUGUGUGUAUAUAUACAUAUAUAUAUAUAUAUAUGAAAGCUUUAUUUUGUUGGAAGAAGGAUGGAAUGUAAAACAUUUAAAUCCAGUUUUUGAAAAAUACAGUAUUUUCUAACAAAAACAAACAAACAAACAAACAAAAAAAACUUUUCUGAAGGUUGAUUUUUGAUUGCGGUUGGAAUAUUUUAAAUCAAAUCACAUUUCUCGCAAAGCAAAGAAUUGUGUCUCUAUAGAUUUUUAUAUGUAAAUGUAAAGGUUACACUAUGUUGGAAUGACCUCUUGUACGAGGAACUCCUGACUGUGACUAUAGCAUUGAACAUCUUUCUUGGUUUUUGACGUGUACUUUUGAGAAAAAUGGCUGCUCUCUCAAAUGGAAAACAUGCAUGAGGUGGGUCGCAACUGAUAAACUUUCACCAUCUAGGCAACUGCAUAAAUAUUGUGUCAAUGUAAUUACUUUACAUCAAGAUUGCUCUCUGCUGGCAGAGCCGAUCUGGAAUUACAUGGUAACAUAUGCAUUCAAAAGUAAUAAUGAUAACAAUAAUAAUAAUAAAAGAAAAGGUACUGCUAUUACCAAGGAGAUGUUUUGCUUCAGAUGUAUUUGUAUAGAAAAGUUUUUUUUUUCUCUUUCUCUCUUUUUGCAAGUGAAGGUUUACAGUUUUGUCGUUGUUCUAGAAGCUACGUAAAAAGGUUAUACUAUUGUCUUUCUUUUCUUUUCUUUUUGUCUGUGUAUACACUGUGUACUCAAGGUGCCUUUCUCAAUGGUGUCUGAAUUUCUUUUCAUUCAGUCCAGCUCUACUAAGGUACAAAUGAAGGGCAACAUGUGUCCCUUUUUCCCCUUUUGAGCGAGAAAACUUGUGAGAAUGUUUUUGUGACAGAAGAGUGUGUGCGCGCAUGUGAGCUUUAUAAAUGCUUUUCACACACAUCAAGAAAAAAAAAAAUGCAACUCGUUGCGUGAGCUAUACAUCUUCAGGACUUGUUUUGGGAUUGGGCUUUAAAAAAAUACAAUUAAUAAAUAAAAGAAAUGCAUUAAGCUUACUGUAAAAUAUAGAUGUAUGAAUGUAUAAUAAAAGUAUUGGAUUUCUAUGUCUAA